GCUCGGAGCCUCGCGCCCUUGGACAGCAGUUAGUUGCUGACUCGGAUGCAGCCGAUCGGUAACACCUUCUCCGAGAGCCGGGUGGCAUCCCGGAGUCCCAGCAUGGGCCUCGCUGAACGGAACCAGGUAGCCACAAUGCCAGUGCGGCUGCUCAGGGACAGUCCGCCAGCGCAGGAGAACAAUGACCAUGCCAGAGGCGGUUUCCAAAUGAAGAUGGAUGCCCACGGCUUCGCCCCGGAGGAGCUGGUGGUGCAGGUGGACGGCCUGUGCCUGAUCCCCUCCAGGCAGCUGUGGAUCAGAGGCCAAUGUGUGGCGCUGGCUCUCCCUGAAGCCCAAACAGGACCGACCCGGAGCCUCAGAAGCCUUGGCUCUAAGGCUUCCAACCUGACCCAGUAA